CCCACGCUGGGUGGGACUUACGGGGCCGGUUUGCUGCGCGGCUGCGGGGUGCCCCUUCGCUGACCGCCCCGGGCCCGCGCCUGCCCGCGCUAAUGCGGCCGAUCCCGCUCCACCAUGUAAGCGGCACCUGCAGGUGGAUGCUGGCUUCUCCGCCCGACACACCAUGCUGACCGGGGUGACAGAUGGUUUCUUCUGCUGCCUGCUGGGGACGCCCCCCAACGCCGUGCGACCUCUGGAAAGCGUCGAGUCCAGCGACGGCUACACGUUUGUGGAAGUCAAGCCUGGCCGGGUGCUGCGAGUGAAGCACGCAGGUCCUGCGCCAAUUCCCACGCCACCACCACCACCGCCGCUUCCCGAAGACGAUCCUGGGGUCAAGACCGGCCUUGUGCGCUGCCAGCGGCGCAUCACGGUGUAUCGCAACGGGAGGCUGGUGGUGGAGAACCUGGGCCGGGCGCCACGUGCCGACCUUCAAGGCCGCAGUGGCUCGGUCUCUUUCUGUACAUUCCUGGCCCACGAGUACCCAGAUCUUGUUCACAAAGUGAUCAUGAUCAACGGCGGGGGCCCCACGGCGCUGGAGCCCAGCCUUUGCUCCAUUUUCAACAUGCCCACGUGUGUCCUGCACUGUCUGUCGCCCUGCCUGGCCUGGAGUUUCCUCAAGGCCGGCUUUGCCCGUCAAGGGGCUAAAGAGAAGCAGCUGCUGAAGGAGGGAAAUGCAUUCAAUGUGUCCUCCUUUGUGCUGCGGGCCAUGAUGAGCGGCCAGUAUUGGCCUGAGGGUGACGAAGUCUACCAUGCGGAGCUGACGGUGCCCGUGCUGCUGGUGCAUGGCAUGCAUGACAAGUUCGUGCCAGUGGAGGAGGACCAACGCAUGGCUGAGAUCCUGCUGCUGGCCUUUCUCAAGCUCAUCGAGGAAGGCAGCCACAUGGUGAUGCUCGAGUGUCCGGAGACAGUCAACACUCUGCUGCACGAGUUCCUGCUGUGGGAGCCGGAGCCGGAGCCCGAGCCACAGCCCGAGCCACAGCCGUCACAGCCAGAGCCGGCUCCUGGGGAGAAGUGACGGCCCGGCGGUGGGCGCUGAGACUGACUCCCUUUGACUGGGCAUGUGCUGGAUGGGCGGGGCCUCACGCCAAUGGGCGGGGCUUGGAUAGACCCCAGGGCGGGCCGGGCGCAGCCAGUGUUGGAGACUCAGUGCCCAGUGCAGCCACUGUGUCCUCUGCACGAGUGAUCGCAGGUGUGACCUUGUACAGAGCCCUCUCCCUGCCUCCCCGAGUCCCCAAUGCUGCAGCGGGUGGGCUGCCACCCCACUCGGUCUUCCCCUCUGCUGUGCUCCACUCUGCACUGGGAAGCCCCAAAGGGAGCCCUGGGGAGGGGCUCCCGUCCUGUCAGGGGAGACCCGCUGAACCGCACCCAUAGUUUGGGACUGGGAGCUGGGCACCCAAGGAGAGAGGGGUCGGAGCCACAAAUCCCCGCACAUGGCAACUUGUAACUCAAUAAAAAUGACAAUCCAAACUGGCCUCCAA